AUGACCCGCAGUGCAACAGCGUGGGUUGUGCAAGAAUGCGAGACGGCAUUGGAAGAUAGACGAUCAGCUCAUAACGCACUCGAACGCCAACGACGUGAACAUCUCAAUGCAAGGUUUCAAGAGCUUGCACGUACGUUGCCAUCGUUACAAAGUGUACGACGACCGAGUAAAUCGAUGAUUGUCUCAAAAUCUCUCGAUUAUGUCAUGCAAAGCAAUACACGUGAAUCACGUUAUGUGUCAGAAAUACUCGACUUGCGACGACGAAACGAGCAACUACGGCAACAAGCAGCUCUCUUACACAGCUACAAAUAUCCAUCAUCAUCAUCACCACCAUCAUCAUCUUCAUCAUCGUCAUUGAAUUUACAAGUACAGGAACAACAGCAACAACAACAACACCUUAAUCUCAGCCAAACUACAAUGCCUGAUCCAUUUACACUGACACCAGCCAUGAUCUUAUCAAAAAUACAUCAACAGCAACAGGAAGAUCGACGUGGACAUCGCCGUUCAUAG